AUGAAGAUGUCAAAGAUCUCUAUCUUGUUCUAUUUCAUCAUUGUUGCCUUUGCGGUGGUUGUUAAUGGCACAGAGGUAGACAAAGAAGUUGGGAUUUAUGAGUUGCAAAAAGAUGAAUUCUUGGUCAAGUUUACAAAUUGGGGUGCAAGCAUUAUGUCUGUUAUUCUUCCGGGCAGAGAUGGCGAGUUGGCUGAAGUUGUUCUUGGGUAUGAUUCUGUUAAGGACUACAUGAAUGAUUCAUCAUACUUUGGUGCUACUGUUGGACGGGUUGCUAACAGGAUUAUUGGUGCUCAAUUUACAUUAUUCGGUGUCACUUAUAAGCUAGAUGCUAAUGCAGGGCCAAACACGCUUCAUGGUGGGUUGAAAGGGUUCAACAAUGUUGUUUGGAAGGUAAUAGAUCAUCAGAAGGAUAGUGAAUCUCCUCGUAUUACCUUCUCCUAUGGUAGUGCCGAUGGUGAAGAAGGAUUUCCCGGUGAUCUUCAUGUCACUAUGACCUAUGUUCUUAGUGGAUUUUACAAUUUGCAAGUAAUAAUGGAAGCUAUGGCCUUACAUAAGGCCACUCUAGUUAGUCUAGCCCAACACACCUACUGGAACCUCGGUGGCCACAUUAGUGGCGAUAUCCUAUCUGAGGAGGUUCAGAUAUUUGCAUCCAACAAUACCCCAAUUAUUAAGGCAAUCCCCAUUGGAGAAAUUGUAUCCGUGAAGUGUGAUUUUUGGGGCAUUACAACACUCUAUGAUUUCCUCGACCCACAAACUAUUGACAGCAAGAUAAAGGAUCUUCCUAAUGGUUAUGAUAUAAACUAUGUCAUUGAUGAUGACAAAGGCGAAAAGAUCAAGCUAGUGGCGAUGGUGCAUGACAAGAAGUCUGGAAGAGUAAUGAAGCUUUUGUCAAAUGCACCAGGGGUGCAGUUUUAUACCGGCAAUUGGAUUAAAAAUGUGAAGGGGAAAGGUGGAUAUGUUUAUCAAGCUCAUGCUAGCUUGUGUUUGGAAACACAAGAGUUCCCUGACUUUGUCAAUCACCCUAAUUUCCCUUCACAUGUUGUUCCAGGAAAGCCUUACAAGCAUGUAAUGUUGUAUGAGUUUUCAAUCAAUGCUCAAUAG